AUGUCUGUAGACUGUGGAGCUUGUUGCGCCAAAUACUUAUUGUGUUUGUUCAAUUUUGUUUUUUUUAUUGCUGGAAGUGUAGUUUUAAGUAUUGGAAUAUGGAUAGCUGCUGAUAAAUCAUCAUUUAUCGAAGCAACAAAAAUAAUCGAAAGCACGGAUUUAUCACAAUUUACUCAGCCGAAUGUAAUACAUCAAGUGGCGUAUAUGCUCAUUGCAUCCGGUGCAUUCAUAUUCAUUAUAAGUUUUUUGGGAUAUUGUGGAGCUAUUAAAGAAUCCAGAUGCCUUCUCUCAUGCUACGGCAUCGCACUUAUUAUUAUUCUAGUCGUAGAAUUGACUGCUGGAGGGUUAGUUCUCGGUUACAGAGAUAAAGCAGAGGAAAAAGUAAGGGAGGUUUUCAAAUCGACAAUAACAAAAUAUUACACAACAACGGAAAAGGGUGACGGAGUGACGCUCUUUUGGAAUCAAAUGAUGGUUCAGUUAAAAUGUUGUGGAGUUGACAACUUUCACGAUUUUGAAAGUUCAAAAUUUCGUACGGAAGGAAAUAAGACGGUGCCAGAAUCUUGUUGCGUACUCGUUGGUGAUAAAAACGACGUUAAUAAAUUAACACCAAAAGACCCCAGGUGUCCUUAUAGGCCAUCCGAAGCCAAUUCUUAUUACAUGACGGGUUGCUAUAAAACAUUUAUAAAUUUAUUAUUAGAUCACGCCAACAUUGCCAUCGCUGUCGGUAUUGGUCUUGGACUCGUACAACUAUUAGGAAUUUUCCUUGCGUUUUGCCUUUGUAAAUCUAUUGACAGAUAUUUUAAAUAA